AUGAUUCUUCAAAACAGCGAGGCAAUAGUUUCGAUUGAUAUGCCUGCUGGCCCUUCAGAAGUUCUAGUCAUCGCUGAUGAACAUGCUAGUCCAGUUUACAUUGCAGCGGACUUACUUUCUCAGGCAAUAACUUUCUCAAACCUGUACGCACCCAAACACUUGAUCAUCAACGUCAAAGACGCUGAGAAAUGGGAGGGACUGAUCGAGAACGCAGGUUCUGUUUUCAUAGGGCCGUGGACGCCAGAGAGUGUUGGGGAUUACGCUAGCGGCACAAACCACGUUCUCCCAACGUAUGGAUAUGCGAGAAUGUACAGUGGCGUCUCUCUAGACUCUUUCUUGAAGUUCAUGACUGUGCAGUCCUUGACAGAGGAAGGUCUGAGAAACCUUGGUCCCUAUGUGGCGACUAUGGCUGAAAUAGAAGGUCUAGAUGCACACAAGAGAGCCGUUACUCUCAGACUCAAGGAUAUUGAAGCCAGACAAAGUGAAUGA